CUAAUCUUCAAACUAUACUUAAACAUUGAUACAUUGGCUUCACCUGUUGCAGAACAUCAUGCCACACAGAGUCUACCCUCAGCUCGAUCCAACACAAACCCCUGACUCAAUGGUUUACAAGAUGCAAGAAAUGGAGAAGUUUACAUAUCCAGCACCUAGGGAAUUUGCCCCCCUACCUGAGUCUAGCUUCAUUGCCAAUGCCAGAGACUCAAUUCCUAUGGUUAGAGUUACAACAGCCAUGUCAAGAGGCAGGGUGAGAAAGACUGCCAAUGAGAAAGUUGCAAGGCCAAGAAAAAAGCAGGCAAGGGAAGGCAAUAUUGCAAUGGGAAGCAAUGUUGCAACAACUGGAAGCAAUGCUCCAACAAGUGGGUCCAAUGCAAGAGGAGGUGGCAAUGCAAGAGGAGGGGCCAAUGCAAGAGGAGGUGGCAAUGCAAGAGGAGGGGCCAAUGCAAGAGGAGGUGGCAAUGCAAGAGGAGGGGCCAAUGCAAGAGGAGGUGGCAAUGCAAGAGGAGGGGCCAAUGCAAGAGGAGGUGGCAAUGCAAGAGGAGGUGCCAAUGCAAGAGGAGGGGCCAAUGAAAGAGGAGGGGCCAAUGAAAGAGGAGAGGCCAAUGCAAGAGGAGGUGGCAAUGCAAGAGGAGGGGCCAAUGCAAGAGGAGGUGGCAAUGCAAGAGGAGCAAGAGCUGCUGCUCCAGGUAAAUGUCUGAUGGAGUUCAUGAAUGAACUUGUUGGUUUGGUGAUGGAGUUCAUGAAUGAACUUGUGGUCUCUAGUUCAGUACUUAUUUAG